GCGUUCCGGGUAGCGGAGGAUGAGUUGGGGAUCCCAGCUCUGUUAGAUGCUGAGGACAUGGUGGCCCUAAAGAUACCAGACAGGCUCAGUAUACUGACAUACGUCUCUCAAUACUACAACUACUUCCAUGGGAAAUCACCUAGUGAGUACACAUACACACAGACAUAGUGAGGAGACAUGUGCAAGCAGAUAUACACGUGAUGCCCACAUGAUACGGGCACACACACACUGGAAUGAACUUUGUGAUCAGUUAGUGUGUGUGUGUGUGUGUGUGUGUGUGUGUGUGUGUGUGUGUGUGUGUAGUUGGCGGCAUGGCGGGGAUAAAGCGUCCAGCGGAGGCGUCCACAGAACAGGGGCCUUCUGGGAAAAAGAACCAAGCAGUUGUCUCGAAGGUCUUCCCCGCCUCUAACCCCUCUAAAUCCACUACUGAGAACCGCCCUCCCCCCUCCUCCUCACCCAAAGCCUCACCCAGACCAGACAGGCCAGCACAGGUAAGGAUCUCCUUUACAUCCUCUUCUCCAGGGAGAGAUGCCCUCCUGUAGGUUUUCACUCCAGCCCCAGUUGUAACUAACCUGAUCCAUCUUAUCAACAAGCUAAUUAUUAGAAUCAGCUGCUAGAUUAGGGUUGGAGCGAAAAACCUACCGGAGGGUAGCUCUCCAGGAACAGGGUUGGCGUGAAAACCUACAGGACGGUAGCUCUCUGGGAACAGGGUUGGCGUUAAAACCUACAGGAGGGUAGCUCUGCGGGAACAGCGUUGACGUUAAAACCUACAGGAGGGUAGCUCUCCAGGAACAGGGUUGGAGUGAACCUACAUGAGGGUAGCUCUCCAGGAACAGGGUUGGAGUGAACCUGCAUGAGGUUAGCUCUCCAGGAACAGGGUUGGAGUGAACCUGCAUGAGGUUAGCUCUCCAGGAACAGGGUUGGAGUGAACCUGCAUGAGGUUAGCUCUCCAGGAACAGGGUUGGAGAACCCUGCUCUACACACGCAUACACUCUUCUGUGAGGCUUUCUAACACCGAUGCCACUCUCCCAAACGAGUACAAACCCUUUCUAUACUCGUGUUGAGGAAAACAACAUUGAUCCUCCUAUGAGGGCUCUCGUUCUCUGUGGCCGACAUGAGUAAGACUUUUAAGCGCGUGAAUACUCGCAAAGCAGCCGGCCCUGACGGUAUCUCUGGUCACGUCCUCAGAGCAUGCGCAGACCAGCUGGCUGGAGUGUUCACGGACAUUCAACCUCUCCCAGUUAGUAAUCCCCACAUGCAUCAAGAUGUCCACAGUUGUCCCUGUAUCCCACCUGGACAAGAGGAAUGUGUGAGUGCUGUUCGUUGACCUCAGCUUUCAGCACAAUAGUCCCUCCAAGCUUGUCAUAACUCCAUCCAAAAACGAUCUUUUGGAAUUUAUUUCAUUAGCCAAUUGUUGAUAUAGUCCCAACAUGUCUGCAUGUCAGCGAUCAAGUUUUCAAGAUGUAUAACUUUCACAAUAAAGAAAUACAGCCGGUAUGAUGCAUUUUGGGACUGAACACCUCCCUCUGCAACUGGAUUCUGGACUUCCUGACGGGCGGACCCUAGUUGGUGAGGGUAGGCAACAACUCCUCCGCCAAGCUGACUCUCAACACGGGGGUCGGACCCCAGGCUAUAGUGACCGCUGCACCACUCGAGAGGCCCUCAUACUGUAUAUUCUAUUAUGUACAUACGUCUCAUACUAGUUUAUUUGUUUUAUUUCCUUCAACUUUUUAUUACUCCUUGUUUAGUUUUUUUAACUUUUGUAUUGGGUAUUUGAUUCUUGAUGGAUAUUGAUAUUGUAGUGCAUUGUUGAAGAGUUAUUAGCAAGCAGGCAUUUCACUGUACCGUGUGCACGUGACCAAUAGAACUUUGAUUUGGUUCUAUUGUUCUAACUCAGGGCUCUUCAACCUUUUCUUGCCCGGGGAUCACCAUAAUAUGUUAACAAAAACAUUUUCUCUUACCAUCAGGUGAAUGGUAAUCAAAAUUUAUAAAUGUAGGUUUGUAAUUCAACAUUCGUUUUCUGUUGCUAGCGAUAGUAAUAAAAACAUUGAAAUAAAAAUUAUCAUUGUUUUAAAAAAUAAAUAAAAUAAUAAUAUAUAUAUAUUAUUAUUUUUCACGGACCCCCUGUAGUACCGUCAGGCUGCAGACCCUAGGUUAAAUACUCCUGUUGUAACUAACAGAAUGCUAUUCUGUCUUUCUCGCCCCCCCCCCCCCCCCCCCCCCCCCCCCCCCAUCACUAACCCCGCAUCCCCAGAAGGAUGUGUUGUCGGAGCGCUCCAAUAAGACAGGGACUCUGACCAGUAAGUGUUCCGUGUGUAAUAAACAUGUUCACCUGGUCCAGAGACACCUAGUGGAUGGGAGGCUGUAUCACAGGAACUGUGCCAAGUAAGACUUUACCAUGUUAAUUACUCUACCAUGUAUUGUUAUACCAGUCACCUAUUGAAAUGGUUCACUAUAUGGAGAUGUACCUAGUAAGACACCUGUGCUUUACACUGCGUUCAGUACUGUAACAUGUAUCAGUUUAUACACAGACAGACGUGGACAUAGAUUUGGUUGGUUGACAGACGUCCAGACAGACACAGAACAUUGUUAGUGUUUUUGUUUCAGCUACCACUGGUCUUGUGUGUUCUCCAUAUAUAGUUGGUGUUCUAUGUCAUCUCUGUUCUCCAGGUGUAGUGAGUGUUCCACCACCCUACUGUCUGGUAACUGUAAACCUGGAGCAACACCUGGCUCCUUCAUCUGUACCUCCCACCACCACCCCGAGGGGACGCCGCCAACACACACCCCCCUCCGAGACCUGCCCAAAUACACCCCUCACCCCCCUCCCACUGUCAAGACCACCCCUCUCUCAGACCUCUCCAGGAAUAUCCCCGGCCCCAAAUACACAGCUCCCCCUAAAUCCACCCCUGCUCCGACACCCACCAAUACCCCCUCCAAAUUAGGCCCUCGCUGGCUGAGCUCCAAAUCAGACGGAUCCAAAACCACUAGCCCCUCUGCCGCCACCUCGGGGCCCAGCCCGGGGCUCUCCUCCUCGCGGCCCAGCCCGGGGCUCUCCUCCUCGCGGCCCAGCCCGGGGCUCUCCUCCCUGGGCAUAGUGAGCCCUGCAGCCUCUGGACCCACCGCAGCUCCGCGGAGCUUCAACACUACAGCUGCCACCACCACUCCCACAGCAUCCAAGACCCAGCAGGCCCGGCUGCAGUUCUUCCAGCCUGGGAACAACACCACCACUGGGCAGGAGAACCAGGGCAAGACCCAGACUUGGGGACAGGCACAGGGUCUACCCACAAAUAGAGUCCCGAACGCGGGCACGCAGGGGACAGUAGUGGGUGUUGGUCAGGACGUGAGUGUGGUAGUGAGUUUGGGUGGCGGUGGGAUAGGGGUUAAGGGAGGGGAUGUGGUUGUAGGUGGGGGUACAGGUGGAGACAGGGAUGUGGUUCAGGGUAAAGGUAGAGUUGUCUUCAAGAUGGAUGAUGAUGUGAAAGCUUCUCCAUCUAAAGAAGACCAUAGUACCAAGACCCGGGCUGCUGCUGUCAUCACUAAGAAACUAACCAACAACAACAACAAUACUACUACUACAACAACAACAGCUGGUGCUUCUAGUCCUCCCUGGCACCCUAUAGAACUGAAGAAGACUGAGAACAGGUGAGAAAUCUCAGACAUUCACAUAACUGAAUAAUAUUAGAGCAGGGUUUGCCAAACUCUGUCCUCAGGACCCCAAGGGGGUGCACGUUUUUAGGUUUUUGCUCUAGAACUACACAGCUGAUUCAAAUAAUCAUUUUCCCGGAACACAUAGUGAGUGCGAAAACGGGGGGGUUAUCCGGGGGUCUCUGAGGUCCCGGAACACAUAGUGAGUGCGAAAGCCGGGGGGGGGGGGGGGGGUUAAAUCCGGGGGGGCUUUGAGGUACCGGAAACACAUUGUGGAAAAAAGGAUCCAAACACAAGGUGCUGAUUAUUAAUUCAAAGGAUUUUAGACGCCACUACUAAAAAACAAGUUGUGGCCACGGACUUGGAGUAUAGCUGGGAGGGGCUUUACCACAGGUCUGAAUUGUCGGAAUUUCUUAGAGGCCUAAUUUUCUAGACAUCAAUGUUACAAGGCAAACAUUUUAGAACGUCACCUGCAGAAUACCGGCGAUAUGCAUAUGCAGACCCGAUUUCAUAUAAUUUUCAAGACCUCAAUAUAGCAGUAGAAGCAAUAUGACAAUAAUCGGAAUAAUAAUCUUCAAAUAAAUAAAAUGUAGGCUACAGCAGAAGAACACACACAUGAAGAAUAAUAUGCCAAGGCCUCCUGGCCUGUGUGAUAAUAUAUGACGCACAUAUUCAGAUUAAUGUCCCCAGUACAGAACUAAGUUUGUAAAAAUAAAAAAAUCCUAAGAAUCCCUACCUUAGUUUUCCAAAACCUCCCACAACGAAUCUCCCCAUGUCAAGAGUCCAUUUCUGAGGUCCCGGAACACCUAGUUGUUCUAUAUCGUGGAGCUCCGCCCCAUAGGGGAGCUCUGCUCCUAAUGGUUUAAGGCGGAGCGUAGCGCUCCAAAAUGUACUCCCUGCCGAGCCUAACACUUCCCAUCGAAACGAGAAAGUCAAGCCUAGCAAUGGCUGCAACCGAGUCCCGCAGUACUGCAACUAAAACCCCUACGGGCGUCACAAUAUACCGCGUCAUCGGUUAAAAAACCCGCCCCACCUAGUCCAAUGGCAAUGCCAAUGACUAGUGGGCAGAUCACCAGAAUAGAAGCCAUACUAAUCUGUACUAGCAGAUAGAUGUGCCUCAAUAUCCUGUGAAAACACUACCGACCACUAAUGGAAUGACACCAAGUGUCACUCUACAUUAUGAACGCGGUAGACCGCCUCACUCACUCAAUGGAAUCCCAGAGAUUAGUGGGCAGGAACAAAAACAUGAGUCAUACUAACUGAACAAGCAGAUAGAUGACCUCAUAUUAUGUUAAUCAACGCAUGCCUCUACUGUACUGAUCCUGUCAGUCAGGAUUCAUGUCACAAAAUAUGUUUUCUUAUCCAAAGCGGACCUGAUGGAAACCCAGUCCAUAGUCCUGCUUUUCCCUCUCUUCCUAGCUCCAGAUCUCCCUUCAGCUAUGCUGAAUACAGACCUAGCCAAAGAGUUAGAAAACACAUCUGUCAAAAACACGUCUUCCUAACCAAAGCGGACCUGAUGGAAACCUGAGUCCACAGUCCUGCUUCUCCUCUCUUUCUUGCUCAAGAUCUCCCUUCAGCCACGCUGAGUACAGAUCGAGCCAGAGAAUUAGAAGACAUAUCUAAGAGAUAGAAACGGAUAAAUGGAGACGGUGUCGGCCAGGAUGCUGCUCUACAGAUAUCCUCUACUCCUGUUCCUCUAAAAAGGGCAGUAGAAGCCGCUACUCCACGAGUGGAGUGAGCUCUGAUACCCUGAGGCAAUUGCCGCCCUGCUACCUCAUAAGCUGUCUCAAUGCCUUCACAAAGCCAGUGAGACAGCCUCUGUUUUGAAAGUGGUCUACCUAGUGCAGCCGCACCGUGACACACAAACAACUGAGGCGAUGACCUAAUCGCUGCUGUGCGCUCGACGUAACACGCCAAAGCGCGUACCGGGCACAGGCGAUGGAGCUUCUCCUCACUCCUCUCUCUAUGAGGAGGAGGAGAAAAAGCCCACAGCUCCACGGUCUGUGACCUAUAUGAACUCUUAAUAACCUUCGGCACAAAUGCCGGGUUAGGACGUAACACUGCUCUGCUCAGGUCACCAUUGAUGGCCAAGCAGUCAGGUCUCGUCGAAAAAGCACACAAAUCACUGACCCGCUUAGCUGUAGUCAAAGCGAGCAACAGUGCUGUCUUGAUAGACAGCAUCUUGAGGGGUAUUUGAUUCAAUGGCUCGAACGGCGACUUACAUAGCGCUUCGAGUACCAAAGCCAAAUCCCACUGAGGAAGCGUGACUCUAGGUGUUGGCCUAAGUCGCCGCGUUCCUAAUAGGAAGCGUUUCACUAGAGGGUGACUAAAGACAUUGUCUCUGCCAAAACCCUCAUGACAAGCUGAAAUCGCUGCUGCAAACACUCUAAUCGUGGCAGGCGAUUUUUGCUUAUCAAACAUGAGCUGCAGAAAAGAGAGAAUACUCUCCACCUGACAGCUCAUGGGGUCCACACCUUGUGUGACACACCAUCGUGAAAACACGUUCCAUCUACUGGCAUACAUCUUAGAAGUGGAACUGGCACGUGAACCCUGUAUGGUCCUGAUCACUGCAUCAGAUAACCCACGGCGCUCUAGCCUGUCCCUCUCAACAGCCAGGCCUUCAGUGGUUGGCCGAUUAUGGGCAAUUUCCCUAUCGUGCCAGCCGCCUGAGACAACGCGUCCCGUAUGUGGAAUUGGCCAAGGUGGCGCAAUCAACAUCUGACUCAUCUCCGCAAACCACGGAGCCCCCGGGCGAUCGGGCGCUAUCAGUAUCACUGACAGCCCCCCUGACCUCACCCUGGCUAGCAGUGGGAGAAUGCAGGACAGCGGAGGGAAUGCAUACAGGAGAACUCUCGGCCACGGUUGGUGCGCAAAGGCGUCCCUACCCAGUGGCGGUUCGUCCUGUUCCCUCAGAGAGAACCACAGAGGACAUUGCGCGUUCACGCGUGACGCGAAUAGGUCCACCUCGGCUCUCCCGAAUUGUUCCCAAAUCUGGAGAACAAUGUCUGGAUGCAGACACCACUCGUCGUCUCGAGGACCCCCUCUUGACAUGAGGUCUGCUCCUACGUUCAAGUAGCCCGGAAUGUGUGCUGCUCUCAAUGACACUUCCUUAGGGCUAGCAACAAGGCUACCCUUUGGGGGUCCGAAAUUCGAGCCCUCAUCCUCACAGUGUCUAGCUGUAUCCCCAGGUAGACAAUCUGAUGAGUGGGCCAGGGCGCGCUCUUUUUCCAAUUCACAGCGAACCCCAGACUUGUGAGAUGCAUCACUGUCUGUGUUGUGUGAGUGAUCGCCAGCUCUGCUGACGGGGCGAGAACCAGUAGGUCGUCCAGGUAGGCUAGUAGCCGUAUUCCCUGACGACGCAACGGUUCCAAUGCCGCCUCCACACACUUGGAAAAUGUGCGAGGUGCCAGGGCAUACCCAAAUGGCAUCCUCGUGUAUUCGUACGCCACCCCUUGAAAGGCGGACCGCAGAAACUUCCUGUGACGCGGCUGAACCGGCACAUGAAAGUACGCGUCCUUUAGGUCUAUGCUCGUACAAAAGUCCCCUCUCUGGACACAUUCCAGCAGACGUUUUGUCGUUAGCAUUCGGAAGGGCCGUUUGGUUAUGCUCUCGUUGAGAAUGCGUAAAUCCAAAAUCGGCCUCACUCCCCCCGUCUUUUUGGGCACUAGGAAAUAAGGCGAAUAUAGCCCCUUGUUCCUUUGCUCCCGGGGAACUACUGUCACCGCCUCCUUCGCCAAAAGUUCCGUAAUCUCUGUCAUCAGAGCGGCCACUUUGUCUGGCGUUUUCAUCACCGUCUCCACCACUCCCCUGAACGGGGGUGGGGGUCCGGUGGAAUUGGAGAGCAUAACCCUUCUGCAACGUCUGUUCUAGCCAGCGUGAGAGGGUGCAGCUUCUUCGCCACUGCCAGCAAUGCAGAGAAAGUGGCUGGGCGCGAAGCUGUGGUGCAUCCAGUAGGAAGGACCUGUAUUCCUCUAUGGCCCUUACCGCCACUGUUCCCCAACAUUGAAGUGGUGGAACAGCCCAAGGUGGGCCUCCCGUGAAAGGGAGAGGAAAUGCGUUCUGAGAAAGAAAGAGGAGUAGGGACGUCGGUUAAACCCGUAACCGUCGUAUUCCUGCCCUCCUUGAACGCAUCGCGGGUCUGAAUUGCACUGACCGAGGCCACGGCCUGCGGCAGGGCACCAUCCCCAGCAAGCGAUUGCGUCAUCUUAGGUGACUGCAAUUCGCUAUCAAAGCCCUUCACUACAGUACUCCUAGAAGUCUGUAGUAUGAGGUCUCUAUGAGGUAAAACAAGGCGGCGCCUUGAUACCUUCUUAACUUUCACCUUCUGUGUGUGUUCAAAUCUGCACCCCUGGUGGGUUGAUUCACGCUCAGUGUGGUGAGUACUGGCUCGUUCUGUCAGGGGAGCUGAUACUUUGGUUAUACCCAUAACGCUAGUAAUCCUGCCCUCCGUGAACGUAGCAUGGGUCUGAAUCGCAUUAACCGAGACCUUGGUCUGCGAUAAUGCGCCGUCCCCAGAUAGCUGCUGUGUUACAAUGCCUGGGGGCGCCGAUACUCUGGGCACCUUGGUGACUUAUUUUCCACCAUAAUUUGCAAAUAAAUUCAUUAAAAAUCCUACAAUGUGAUUUUCUGGAUUUUCUUUUCUCAAUUUGUCUGUCAUAGUUGACGUGUACCUAUGAUGAAAAUUACAGGCCUCUCUCAUCUUUUUAAGUGGGAGAACUUGCACAAUUGGUGGCUGACUAAAUACUUUUUUUCCCCACUGUAAGUCGUGGUGGUCACCGGCCGCCAUGGAAGUGCAUCUGCACUGAGCUCUGAAAAGAGCUUUUGGGGGUGGAAAAUCUCCCGGUGUGCUCAUUUAGACGACGUUGAUGACUGGAAUAUCAACGGCGUUUUCGUCCUGAGUCUUCGUGCUUCGUCUCUUCUUGGCUCUUCAGUCUAGUCAUCCAGUCGCUGAAGAAAAAGGGAGGCUGAUUGAGGGGAGGCACCCCCUCUUAUAGGGACACCUGUACUCCUAUUGGCUGCAGGUGUGUGCAUAAUUUUGUCUCAGGCUGCUGCUGCCUUAGGGCAGAGGGUAAACCAUUAGGAGCAGAGCUCCCCUAUGGGGCGGGGCUCCACGAUAUAGAACUCAUGAGAGUCAACUUGUUGCUCAAAGCCGUGAUCGUGGCUGUGACGUUUAGCCUCAUUCUAAGGCUGUUCGGAACUCUCCAGCUGUAGUGUCUGUGUUUUCAUUUGGAGUGUUAACUGUAACCUGGGUGUUCUCUUUAGCCUUGUCUACAAGGCUUGCUGCCACCAAAUGCGCCUUGGUUCGGGCAACGUUCAAUGUACUCUUUGUACGUCUGAGGCAGAGGAUGUUACUGUACAUUCCACCCACUCUUUACUAGUUUAAGUAUGGGUGGUCCUCUUUAGCUCAGCUGGUAGAGCACGGCGCUUGUAACGCCAGGGUAGUGGGUUCGAUCCCCGGGACCACCCAUACACAAUAAUGUAUGCACGCAUGACUGUAAGUCGCUUUGGAUAAAAGCGUCUGCUAAAUGGCAUAUUAUAUUAUUUAUUAUUAUCUUUUUACAUGUUGUACAGACCAUCUUUUUGUUAUCCCAGCUGUUUAUCAUCUAUGCGUAGUCACUUUACAAAUGACCUCGACUAACCUGUACCCCAGCACAUUGACUCUGUACCGGUUCCCCCUGUAUAUAGCCUUGUUAUUGUUAUGUCAUUUUCUUGUUAAUUUCUUCUUCUAUUGUUUAAAAACGUUUAGUUUAUUUAGUAACAUUUUCUUAACUCUAUUUCUUGAACUGCAUUGUUGGUUAAGGGCUUGUCAGUAAGCAUUUCACGGUAAGGUCUACACCUGUUGUAUUAGGCGCAUGUGAGAAAUAGAAUUUGAAUUGAUUUGAUAUCAUUAAUAUCAGUUAUAAUACAUUACAUCAUAGUAGGCUGUCAUAGUAACAGCAUAUCAUUAUUUGAAUUCUGCAUGACAAGCCAGGGGUCAUACGUUUGCUUGUUCUUGAACUGAACUGGGGGGGGGAUAAUCAUUUAAUGAUGAUACGUUUAAUUAGAAUGUCUACAAUGCGAACAGUGAAACAAUUAAUAAAUCAUGCUGUGAGAGGUACUGGAUCCGGCUCAAAUUAAGCACUGGUGUUAGGGCAAAAACCAAAACGUACACCACUUUUGUUUGGGAAACGUUUUAAUAGACCGUAUAGAGCCCGACCUCUGCUGGUGAAAUAGGGGAAUAGCACUUCAAUUAUACAGUUUGUGUCAGUGGCCCUUCCUCAAUUCAUCUUUCCUUGAUUCCUUGCAUCCUCUUACCUCAUCUCCUUUUCAUCAGAGGGGAAGGACCUUCUAUUCCAAUGUGUGUAUGAGGAGGAAGCAAGGAGUUAAGAUGUGAGGAAUUGAGGAAAUACUUUUUGAGUGUGUACGAUGUUGAAAGGCCUCUCUCUGUCUCCCACAGGUCUCCCUCUCUCAGACCUGCCCCUGCUGAAACACCUAAGAAAGAGACUCCUAAAAAGGAGGCGGGGGGCAGAGUUAAGCUAAAAGCAGACCCCUCUCUCCUCGCCCCCCUCACCCCCAACACACACACCUCCAGCCCCACACCGACCCCCAACACCCCCACCCCGACCCCCACCCCCACCCCGACCCCGACCCCAGCCAGCAGAACAGGCCUGUGGAACAAAACCCUAGAUAUGGCACCCAGAGCUACUCCUCCCAACAACUCUCUGGGUGAGCACCAUUUGCCCUGUCUGUCUAGUUGGUUAUCCACAUUUCCCAGAUUUCAGUGUUCAUUAUUUGUGGCUAUUAUGGUUGAUGUAAUGUUUUUGGGGGCUGUAUAUUAUAUUGUCUUGUCUCUCUGUAGCAGCAGCAGACAACAGCAGCUCUCCUGCUGACUGGAGGUCCAGCCUCAAACCUGCCUCCAAGUAAGUAUACUCUGUUCUACUCUACUCUAUAUUUUACUCUAUAUUCUAUUCUACUCUAAAUUCUAUUCUACUCUAUAUUCUAUUCUACUCUAUAUUCUAUUCUACUCUAAAUUCUAUUCUACUCUACGUUCUAUUCUACUCUGUUAUGCACUAUAUUCUACUCUGUUCUACACUACUCUAUAUUCUACUCUACUCUGUGUUCUACUCUACUCUAUAUUCUACUCUACGUUCUGCACUAUAUUCUACUCAACUAUAUUCUACUCGACUCUAUAUUAGACUCUAUAGUCUACUCUACGCUCUAUUCUACUCUAUAUUCACAUCUACUCUGGUUUCACUCCACUUCUCUCUAUUCCACUAUGUUGUGUUUCUGUUUGGCUCUAUUCCACCUGCUGCUCAUUCUCUUGUCACUGAACUCUAAAAUACUCUGUAGAACUCUACGCUGUAGAACUCUAAAAUCACGCUGUAGAACUACUCUAUCAGAACUCUAAAAUACUCUACAGAACUUACUACUCUAUAGCAGAACCUCUAAAAUACUCUGUAGAAACUCUACAGAACUCUAAAAAUACUCCACAGAAAACUCUAUAAUACUCCUGUAAACGGCUACAGAACCUCGAAAAUUACUUCUGUAAGAACUCUACGAAUACUCUGUAGAACUCUACUCUACAGAACCUAAAAUACUUUCGUAACAGAAACUCCCCCCCCUAAAUACCUCUGUUAAAUAACUCUAGAAUAGUCUCUGUAGAACUCUACCUCUAGCAGAACUCUAAAAAUACUCUGUAGAACUCUAAAAUACUAAGUAAGAACCUCUAAAAACUACUCUACAAGAACUCGAAAAUACUCUGUAGAACCUAACUCUAGCAGACUCUAAAAAUCUCUGUAGGAACUCUAAACUCUAGAACUCUAAAAUACUCUGAGAACUCUAAAAUACUCUAGAUUACUACAACUCUAAUACUGUAGAAUCUAAAACUCUGUAGAAACUCUACUCUACAGAACUCUAAAAUACUCUGUAGAACUCUAAAUCUUAGAACUCUAAACUAACUCUAGAACUCUAAAUACUCUACAGAAUACUCUAAACUCUAAAUACUCUGUAGAACUCUAGACUCUACAAACUCUAAAAUAAUCUGUAGAACUCUAAAAUCUCUAGACUCUAAAAUACUCUGUAGAAUCUACUCUACAGAACUUAAAACUUAUAACUCUGUAGACUCUAGAAACUCUAACUCUACAGAACUCUAAAAUACUCUGUAGAACUCUAAAAUACUCUGUAGACUCUAUCAAACUCUAAAACUUGACCUACUCUGUAGAACUCUAAAACUUAACCUACUCUACAGAACUCUAAAAUACUCUGUCAGAACUCUACUCUACAUAAUCUUAAAAUACUCUGUAGAACUCUAAAAUACUCUGUAGAACUCAUACUUACUACAGAACUCAAAAUCUGUAGAACUCGAAAAUACUCUGUAGAACCACUCUAAGAACUCUCUGUAGAACUCUAAAAUACUCUGUGAUAAUACUCUAAACUCUACUCUACAGAACUCUAAAAUACUCUAGUAGUACAACUCUAAAUACUCGUACGUAGACACUACUACUCUGUAGAACUCUAAAAUACUCUUAAACUCUUACUCUACAGAACUCUAAAUACUCUGUAGACUCUACUCUACAAACUCUAAAAUACUCUGUAGAACUCUAAAAUACUCUUAGAACUCUAAAUACUCUGUAGAACUCUACUCUACAGAACUCUAAAAUACCGAGAACUCUAAAAUACCUACAAACUGCUACUCUACAGAAUUAAUACACGUCUACUCUACAGAACUCUAUUACAUUAGACUCAUUCUACCUGUAGACCCUACCUAUCAUCACCUUGGUUCUAUCCCACUUCCACUUGUGUUGUCCCUGGUCCACUAGUAUACUGGGAAGUCUGGUCACUUGGGUGUGAGGUCCCUGCCACCGUAGAAGAGUCACCUGGGUGAGGUCCCUGCCACCGUAGAAGAGUCACCUGGGUGAAGUCCCAGCCACCGUAUAAGAGUCACCUGGGUGAGGUCCCUGCCACCGUAGAAGAGUCACCUGGGUGAGGUCCCUGCCACCGUAGAAGAGUCACCUGGGUGAGGUCCCAGCCGCCGUAGAAGAGUCACCUGGGUGAGGUCCCAGCCACCGUAGGUCACCACACUCCGAGAACAAUCACUUGGCCCUAUUACCUGUACUCGUGUAUUCAUCCGUUCAUUCGUUCUGCAGGCGGUUUGUACAUGCCGCUCCAAGCCGCUCUGUUUUCAUGGGCCACCGGAGAUCAAAGACCCUCCCCUCCCUCCUCGCCCACAUCAGACCUGCGGUGUGUCGGGCUAAAGCCGUCCCCUAGUGCAACAUGAAAUUAGUGCUCAGAGUCCCAUCCCCCUGCCCCCAGAUGACCAUUCUUCCUCCUCUUCCUCCUCCUCAGUCCUACUGACCCACAGACCCUCAGAAUGUACAGAAGGUGAGGUGAAAUAUAUUUUCUGUGAGAAAAUGAGAGGUCAGAGGUCAGAUUACAUCUGUUCUUCCACUCUCUCCUCCUCCCCUUGCUCUUUCUCCUCCCCUCCUCUCUCUCUCUCCCCUCUCUCUCCUCCUCCUCCCCUCUCUCUCUUUCUCCUCAUCUCUCUCGCCAGGCCUGCAGGUCCUAAAGAAUCCUCUCCCCUCCACACUGACAUUAAGAAGGCUGAAACCCCCUCUCGGCCCUGGGCAGGUGGAUCAGGAAACCCCCAGGCUUCAGGCCCUACUGGGUCUACUCUGGCCCCCUCCAUCCCUCCACAAGCCUCCUCACCCAGCCCGCUGAACACCGGCCCUGGUACAUGGGGUAAGACACAGACAAAUAGACAGACAGACAUACACUUCCCCAGUUCCCAAUAAAACACACUCUUCUCCUGUGUUUCCUCUCCUCUUCCAGGCUUUUUGACUGGAAAGAGCUCAACGACCGCUAACGGCACCAAGACUGACACCAAGACACCUAAACCAGUAGGUUUAACACAUGAAAUAGAUGGUGAUGGGAUGAGGGAUGUUAAUACGUGUGUGUGGUUAUAUUAAUGUGUGUGUGUGUGCAGGGUAAACCGGACUACAUCCCGAAGGAAGAGAUCCUGAGAGAGCUUCAGGAGAUAGAGGACAGUGUUAAUGAGCUGGAGAGGAAAGGAGUGGACCUGGAGAAACAACUACGGGCCUGUGAAGAGAGUAAGAGACACACAGAGGGAGAGAUGGAGGGGGGAGGAGGAGAGGUAGAGAGGGGGAGGAGGAGAGGAGAGGAGGAGAGGUAGAGUGAGGAGGGGAGAGGUGGUAGAGUGAGGGGGCAGAGAGGGAGCAGAGAGGGGGAGCAGAGAGGGGGAGAUUGAGAGUGAGGAGGAAGAGGAGAGAGGGAAGAGG